AUGCUUUCCACCAGCUUUCUCACCCUUCUCGCCGCGGGAUAUGGCGCCUUUGCACAAACACCAACAGACCCGAACCGAUCGUCCGAAACGACGUCAGCAACAGUCACACCUCCCAAGGAGCCAGGCACGAGCUUCUUCUGCCGGGCGGCGGACUCCUCCAGCCUUAGCAACUCGGCGGGAAUCUGCGGCGCGGUCGGCGCAAAAUUCAACAUCUUCUCCGGGUGUUGCAUAGAUACCGCGGCGUCAGGCACGGAGACGUCCUACACGAAGGGCUGCAGCGACAAUGGGGGCAGUGUUCUCAAAUUGAACGUAGGUUCGUGUGACUUGGCUGGAUAA